AUGGAGCAUCUCAAAAGAACCUUUGCUCAAUGCCAAAAAGAGGGCCGUCCGGCCCUGGUGACCUAUGUCACUGCCGGCUUUCCGACAGCCGCGGAAACCCCAGAUAUCAUGCUGGCCAUGCAAGCUGGAGGCGCAGAUGUCAUUGAACUCGGCCUUCCAUUCACAGACCCCAUUGCCGAUGGACCUACCAUCCAAAAAUCAAACCUUAAAGCCCUCGAAAAUGGGGUUACAAUUACUUCCAUGUUGCAAAUGGUGAAAGAUGCACGCCAGCAGGGCCUGCGCAUCCCCGUCCUCUUCAUGGGAUACUAUAACCCGGUUCUGCGCUUUGGUGAAACCGCCCUGCUUGCAGAAUGCAGAGAAGCCGGCGUGAAUGGUUUCAUUAUAGUUGAUCUACCGCCGGAGGAAGCUGUUCGAUUCCGCGACCAAUGUCGGGAUGCCGGCCUCUCAUACGUUCCCUUGAUUGCCCCGUCCACGACUGAAGACCGUAUGAAGACGCUUUGCGGGAUUGCCGACACAUGGAUCUAUCUGGUGUCCCGCAUGGGCGUCACUGGAGCCACUGGUACUCUGAACAACCAGCUUCCCGACUUGAUGAAGCGGGUCAAGGAUCUCUCUGGUGGAGUCCCGGUGGCCGUCGGCUUUGGCAUCAGCACCCGUGAGCAUUUUCUGGGCGUGACCUCCGUCGCCGAUGGCGCGGUAAUUGGUAGCGAGAUCAUCAAUCAGCUGGCGAAUGCCCCUGCUGGACAGGGAGCUCGCACGAUUGAGGAGUAUUGCGCACAGAUCACGGGCCGACGAGUCCCUCGCACAGCAGCAGAUGAGCCAUCCUCUAGCCUGUCGACAGCCGCUGUUUCUGCUUCGAAGGAGAAAGAGCCUACACAGUCACCAGCCGCAAAUGAAGUUGGUCCAGCGUCCGAACGUGGCCGCUUCGGCAAAUUUGGUGGACAAUACGUCCCGGAGGCGCUGACGACGUGUCUCAACGAACUGGAGGCCGGCUUCCAGGCUGCGCUGGAUGAUCCGGCCUUUUGGGAAGAGUAUCGCUCUUAUUACCCUUACAUGGGUCGGCCGUCGACGCUACACCGCGCGACGCGCUUGACCGAGUCCGCGGGCGGCGCGAAUAUCUGGCUCAAGCGCGAGGAUCUGAAUCACACGGGUUCUCACAAGAUCAACAACGCCCUGGGCCAGAUCCUGAUCGCGCGGCGACUGGGCAAGACCGAGAUCAUCGCCGAGACCGGGGCGGGCCAACACGGCGUGGCCACGGCGACGGUCUGCGCGAAGUUCGGCAUGAAAUGUACCGUCUACAUGGGCGCGGAGGAUGUCCGUCGGCAGGCGUUGAAUGUCUUCCGCAUGCGCCUGCUGGGCGCCACCGUGGUGCCGGUCGAGGCAGGCUCGCGCACCCUCCGGGACGCCGUCAACGAGGCGUUCCGGGCCUGGAUCACGCGGCUGGACACGACACAUUAUAUUAUCGGGUCCGCCAUCGGGCCGCAUCCAUUCCCGACGAUCGUGCGGACCUUCCAAUCCGUGAUCGGGACCGAGACCAAGGCGCAGCUGCAGCAGGAGAUCGGGAAAUUGCCCGACGCGGUGGUGGCCUGUGUGGGCGGUGGAUCAAAUGCCGUGGGCAUGUUCUACCCGUUCGUCGAGGAUGGUUCGGUGCAGCUGGUGGGCGUGGAGGCCGGCGGCGAUGGUCAGGCGAAGCACUCGGCGACUCUCGGCGGCGGCAGCGUCGGGGUCCUGCAUGGCGUGCGCACAUAUGUCCUCCAGGACCGCCAUGGGCAGAUCACGGACACGCAUUCCGUCUCCGCUGGCCUCGACUACCCGGGCGUCGGACCGGAGCUGGCGUCGUGGAAGGAUAGCAAUCGCGCGACCUUCAUUGCGGCCACGGAUGCGCAGGCGCUCGAAGGAUUCCAGCUGCUCAGUCAACUCGAGGGGAUCAUCCCGGCGCUGGAGUCCUCGCAUGCUGUCUGGGGCGUGAUGCAGGUGGCUCGCCAGCUUGGACCUGGGAAGGAUAUCGUGCUCUGCUUGAGUGGUCGCGGUGAUAAGGAUGUGCAGACGGUCAUGGAUGAACUGCCUCAGUAUGGGGGAAAUAAGUGA